AUACUGUCUGAAUAAAAAAAAAUACGAAUGGCUAAGCAUUUCCACAAGUAGACUAUUGUUUGAUCAAUACGCCGUUGCGAGUGUUACUGUGAACCUAGCCAAAGGGUGGCUCGUAUCAUCUUAUUAUUAAAAACAGCGACAAUACUAUAACAAUGGCGAUGUGUUAUCAAAAACAUCCCUUCGAAAUAGAAACAGAGGAUCGGCUGACUACUAUCAACACUAAAAUAUUUGAGAUCAAAAAGAAAAUACAGCUGUCAGAGGGCCAAAGAAAAUCAAACUACGAAGAAAACGAAGCUGAAAAGCAACAAAAUAAUGACCUUAUAGAUACUUUGAAGAAAGAAAUUAAACUAAGGCUUACAGAGCUUGCGCAAGCUAGGGCAGUGAUUGGAGAAGAAGAGGUGCAGAUCAAGAAGUACCUCAAUGAAGUCUGUCCUAUGGGAGACAAGAGCGCUGAUAAGAUAAUACACAACCUAGAUCUUAAAGUGACAGAACAGAGAAAAAUACUGGACCUACUGAAAUACGAGAAAAGAAGUAAGAAGAAGAAACUUGCAGAAUUGGAAAAGGAGUACGAAUAUCUGCUGAUCGAGAACAAUAAAGGGAUAUUGGUGAAGUCAAAAAACAAUAGCAGGGCGAGGAAGAAUGUCUCGCACUUAGAAAAUGAGAUACAUAAGGUGCUUAUCCAAUGGACAGAAGCAGAACUGGUAAAGAAGAAAUACAUUUCUAUCAGGCAAGCACUUUUGGAUGACUCAGUCAAAUUCGAAAGCUCACUAUCCCGGAUUGAAGAUCUUCUGAAGAAACAGAAGGAAGAAAUCAUGAAGUUAGAGCGUAUCCGUGAGGAGGCAGCAGAGAUGCGUGUUCGGGCCACUGCAGCGACUGCAGCUGAGGCAGCGCGCGCCCAUGAUGCAGAACAUUCAAGAGCCUCUGAACGAGCUUACUUCGCUCAAAGGUUCGCUGAGAGGAAGAGGGAGUUGGAAAAACUGGAGAAGAGAGUGUUUCCUCCACAAGCUCGGGUCGUGGUACGUCAAGAGUCCACAAGAUCUACGGAGGGCGAGGCAGUUCCUGAGGAAGUAUCGGCUUCUCAACAAAUGGAAGACAUAUUCCAAAGGCUGAUGAAACUGACGGGGGUGACAGAUGCUGAAGAAGUCUUCGACAGGUUCAAAGCCCAACGGGACACGUCCCAGCGUCUAAGCUACUUGCAGCAGACUACAGAGGAAGAGAAACUAGAAUUGGAACAAACGCAGGCCACCAUGAUGGCUGAACUUGAAGCCUUUAAGUUUGCUUCUGUCAAAGAUAAAGAUGAGGCACAAGACCAAAUAACAGCAUUGAAAGAAGAAAUAGCAGAGGAGAACGCGAUCUACGAAGAGUUGGAGAAGAGCAUGGAUGAGCUGGAGACUCUACUAUUGGAGAUCAAGAGAUUACUGUAUGAGCUGUGCAAGCUGUUAGAUAUAAUCCCAGAGCCCAGCAUGCCAGAAUGGACAGCCGAAGCGAGAGACGUACAAGAGAUCAUGACGGUGCUCACGACGCGAUAUGAGAAAGCGCGUACCAGAGCUGAGGAAAUUAAGGAAAAGCAGAAGGAUACUACUAUUAUUAUGGUGCCUUCCACGCCUGCCAGUGCAGCAGCUUCAGUGGCUGGUAUGAGUGGAAGUCAAAGCACACCUAAGGAGUCAGAGAAGAACAUACCUACAUACAAAGAAUUGUUACAGAAGGAACCUGUUAAAGCUCAAACUUCUGAAGAUGAAGAAGACAUACCUUCACGCUGCUACCUCAAGAGGCAAGCUCAGUUGAUUGUGGACACUAAAUGCAGAAGGAAAGGGUUCAGAGUGCCUUACCCGAGAAAAUAAAGCUUUAAAUUCUUUUCUGUACCUACAACUAGUUCUAAUGCAUCAAUUUUGUACACGUUUUCUGUAUGCCUACUUCUUUGUAAUGUUUAAGUUUUCUAUUACAUUAUU